AGCAACGGAGAGUGCGAGACAUGUCCGCCCGUACGACCGCACCCAGCGACCCAGGCGACCACCAAGCGCGCCGCCAGGAACAGGAGGACGCCAUCAUGGUCCGGGCCUUCCAGCAAGUAAUCAGUGGGUCGAGCUUGAGCCCAGUUGGGCUGGAGCCCGAGCCCGCACCCUCCGAGACCUACAAUGGGAGUUCCUCCAACCCAGCAGAACCCACAGCGGACCCAAGUCCACAAGCUUUGAGCUCAAGUAAGAGGAGGAAGUACAGGGGAGUGAGACAGAGGCCAUCGGGGAAAUGGGCAGCCGAGAUUCGAGACCCCCACAGAGGCAUAAGGGUAUGGUUGGGCACUUUCGAGACAGUGGAGGAGGCGGCCAGGGCUUACGAUGCAAAGGCUGUGGAGUACCGAGGAGCUCGUGCUAAGCUCAAUUUCCCCGAUGACACUCUACCUCUUUACCAGGCAGCGUUGCCUAUCCCUCGAGCUCCUGAGAAAUUCAAUUAUCAAUUCGAAAGCCAGCCUUACCAACCGCAUCAACAAAGUACUGAAUUACGGGAAGUUGGAAGCACAUCAGCAUCCAUUUCUUCACAGGGCGAUGCGCAAAUCAACGAGCAAGUAAAUGUGCAGUAUCAGCAAACUGUGCAGACCAGCGAUUACCCCGUAUGGGACAUGGUUCCCAAUUCGAGCAGUUGUGAGCAUUACUAUAGUACCUAUGAGUCCUUCUCUUCAGAGAGUGAAUUUUAUGGCUCCCUUUCAGCGCCAUUGCCACAACAGAACCAAACUGAAGGAUUACCUGUAUCCUUUGCUACAAUUCCUCUGGAUCAAGACUGGAUUUUUACCAACCCUUUGGAUGAGUUUCCUUUUGUUGCAACCACUAGGCCACCAGAUCACAUUCCGUGAUUGCGAAAACAUUGAUCCUUUUAACUCAAGUAAGCGAAGAAGGAGAGGCCGAAGCAGCAAUCGGUUUGUGUUUAUAUUUUAGAACUAGAGAGAGAAAAUUAGAGCAGGAACCUAGAGGUAGAGAGAGAAAGUUAGAGCAAGAAGCAGAGAAGAAAUUUGUUUUUCGUUUUGAAGUAGAGAGAGAAAAUUUGUUCAUUUGUUGGAGGAAACCUGAGUUUUAACAGGCUUCUGAAACUUUCUGAAUUUGAUUUGAAUAG